CCACAAUCCAACCAAAACAACAAAACAACCAAACACAAACAACAGACAGCCAGCGACUCCCCCUCCUCCACCCACUGUCACAACCACUCGUCCCCUCCUGCGAACAGCAAUCAUGAUGAUGGCAAUGCAGCGCACGCUGCGUGGCGGCGCGAAGCUGUGGCAGGCAACCCGCUCAGUGGCACACGUGCCCGGUUUGAUGUCGGACUAUCCCCUUGCCUUGCCGGCCUUCCUGUGGCGUGCGGAGAAGCUCUUCUACAACAAGAAGAUCAUCGACAACUCCGGCGUCAUGCGCAAGGAGACGCCAUACAGCGAGUUUGUGCAGCGCUGUCGCAAGGUUGGCGGCAUCUUGGAUGACCUUGGCGUUGGCGAGAACUCCCGCGUCGGCACCUUUGCCUGGAACAACGGAAACCACCUGGACCUGUGGUAUGGCGUGCCCUGUGCCGGGCGCGUACUCCACACCCUCAACAUUCGCCUCUUCCCCGAGCAGCUGACCUACGUCGUGAACCACGCCGAGGACGAGGUGAUCUUUGUGGACCGGUCGCUGGUGGCGCUGAUGUGGCCGCUGGUGAAGACAUUUGAGAAGGUGCGCAACAUUGUGGUGAUGGACGACGGAAAGGGCGAGAUCCCGGAUGACCCGCGCAUCCUCCGCUACGAGGAGCUCAUGGCCAAUGCAAAGGAGGUCGACUUCAACGUCAAGGACGAGCGCCAGGCCGCAUCCAUGUGCUACACCAGCGGAACCACAGGCCACCCCAAGGGCGUUGUGUACACGCAUCGCUCGCUCUUCCUGCACACCCUCGCCCUCACCAACGCCGACGGCCUUGGAAUCAACGAGCGCGACACGAUCCUGCCUGUGGUGCCGAUGUUCCACGCCAACGCGUGGGGUCUGGCCCACGUCGCCCCCGCAUGUGGCGCCAACCUCGUCAUGCCAGGCCUCGGCCUCGUUCCAGAGCACCUGGCCAACAUCAUUGAAGCAGAGGAUGUCACCCUGGCGGCGGGCGUGCCAACCAUCUGGAUGGGUGUUCUGCCCCACAUGAAGGGCAGGAAGCUGCCGCACCUCCGCGGCAUUCCCUGCGGCGGCUCUGCCGUCCCACUCUCCCUCUCCAAGCAAUACGAGAAGGCCAUCGGCCUGCCCAUCCUGCAGGCCUGGGGCAUGACGGAGACGAGCCCUGUCGCUACUGUUGGCGCCAUCAUGUCAAAGUUCCAGGGUGCGGACGAGGCCACAAUUGAUGCGCUGCGAGAGACUGUCGGGUAUCCGCUCGCUGGUGUUGAGAUACGCAUUGUCGAUCAACAGACUGGGGAGGAGGUGCCAUGGGACGGGAAGGCGUCUGGCGAACUCCAGGUGCGCGGCCCGUGGAUCUGCUCUGCCUACUACAACCCGGACGACCUUGAGGGCGAGGCCUUCACUGGCGACUGGCUCCACACCGGUGAUGUCGCCACCAUCUCCCCAGAUGGGUAUGUCAAGCUGGUUGACCGCGCCAAGGACGUCAUCAAGUCUGGCGGCGAGUGGGUUUCCUCUGCCGACGUCGAGAACAUCAUCAUGUCCCACCCAAAGGUUGCAGAGGCUGCCGUGUUUGCGAUCAAGUCGAAGAAGUGGAUGGAGCGUCCCAUGGCAUGCGUCGUGAUGCAACCGGGCGAGACCAUGACGGAGAUGGAGCUGCUCGAGUUCAUCACCCCAAAGAUGGCCAAGUGGUGGCUGCCUGACAAGGUGGAGUUUGUUGAUGAGAUUCCAAAGACCAGCGUCGGCAAGUUCUCCAAGAAGGAUCUGCGUGCACGCUUCAAGGAUGUAGAGGUUGCAUGAAGCCAACCCCAAACCCCCUGCCUUGCUUCAUUCACUCGCACGCGCUUAAGUUUGCUUGUGGUUACAACAUUCACUUGUUUUUGUGGGCUUGCGUCAGCACCCAACUGCUUUGUCAUGCAUGUUUGCGUCUGCACCAUACAGUUUUGACGCAAUACAGCAGGCAAGAAUGCACGGUUUUUUCAUUCGCAACACCAACGCGCCGCGUUCGCAUUCGAGCACGCAACACAUACGUGACCUGUCCCG